AUGACCGAAUUACCGCAAAGCAUUGGCUGGAUCGGCCUCGGUGUGAUGGGCUAUCCGAUGGCAUCGAAUCUGCUCAAGAAGAUGGAUAGUGCCACACUACUCUAUGUUUUUGAUGUUGCAAAAGCCGUCGUAGACAAGUUUGUCGAGGAGGGCGAUGGGAGAGUAUUUGCAUGCCAAAGCAGCAAAGAAGUUGCAGACAAGUCGGACGUAAUCCUCUCCAUGGUUCCCGAAGGCUCCCACGUCCGUUCCGUCUAUCUGGAGCCCCAAAGUGGCGUCCUCGCUAGCUCGCUCGCCUCCAAGAUCCUCAUCGACUGCUCCACCAUCGACACCGCAUCAUCCCUAGCAGUGCGCGACAGCUGUGCCGAGCUUCACCCCGAAGCGCGCUUCUACGAUGCGCCCGUCUCCGGUGGGGUAAUUGGGGCCGAAAAAGGCACCCUGACAUUCAUGUUGGGAUGUGCUGAGGACAAUCAGGACAUGCCACUUCUGCAGAGCCUCCUCUCGCUGAUGGGCGGUAAUAUCUUUCCUUGCGGAGGCGCGAGUCUGGGUCUGGUGUCAAAGCUUUGCAACAAUUAUUGCUCUGGUUUGAUCGCUAUCGCGGUCAGCGAAGCCAUGAAUGUUGGCAUUCGAUCAGGUAUGGAUCCAAGAGUUCUCGCAAAUGUGUUCCAUACUUCCACUGCUCAAUCGGCUAUCUGCGAUGACUGGUGUCCCGUACCUGGUCUCUGUCCGGAAGCGCCUGCUAGCAAAGGAUACCAAGGCGGGUUCCGGGUGCAAUUGAUGAAGAAGGACUUUGGACUGGCGGUCGAUGCGGCGGAGAGGGUGGGUGCAAAGCUUGCGCUUGGUAGAGAGGGGUUGGCAGUGUACGAGGGCGCGAGCAAGGACGAGAAGUGUAAAGAUCUCGAUUCAAGGGUCGUAUACAGGUACCUUGGCGGUGAGGAGGACUGGAAGGCGAAAGGCGGAUUUGCGGAGGAGGUGAGUAUGAAGAGAGAUGAGACUAGAAGGUUCGUCAAGGCGGGAAAAGAGGCAGAGAGCUCGAAGGAGUCGUAG